CAAACACAUCUAAACCUUAGUUCCGGAAAUUCAUCGCCUUAGGAUAUGCUUUUUUAAAAAUCUUAAGUUUUUAUACAUUUCUUCCGACAAAUUCUUUGUGAAACCGUAUAGAUAGUGCCCCCAUGAAAUGAAUAAGCAGACCAAAGAAUGGUCGCGAGCUCGGCUAUGUAAGCCUAAGGAUAAUCUUACCACCGAGGCGGGAAAACGAGAACGUUUUGUGCCGUCCUGCGAACUGGAGUGCAGUCCGGUAUCGAUGUCGCACUUGAUUGGCUGGGAGUACGCUCGAAUUUGGCUGCGCGAUCGCGACAAAUUUGUGCAGCAACGCGAACGGGCUGUCAAAGCCAAAUAUAUCAAGAAUGACUUUGAGUGGUGGUUGAGGCUGCGAAAAACAUCCAAGAAGUUCUGCAAAGUGGCGGCAUAGAAGCGAAAAAAAAUGAGAACUAAAUUUUUCUUUAUCCAUUUUUAAGAGGAAAUACGGUUAUUUAAAUAAAAAUAUUAGCAUACCCG